CCCCUCUCUCCCUGGUCCCCCUGCCUCCAUUUUUGAUCCUCGCCGCAACACCCCUGCGAGGUGGGUCAGGCGGAGCGAGAGGAACUAAGCCAGCGGCUCAGCCCAGCAACCGCAGGUGGGGCCUUCCGUCGGCAGCGUAGCUUGGGGCUCGCGGACGCGCCACAGCCCAACCGGCGCUUUUUCCGGCACCGCCCGCCCGGCGCUUCUGCUUCUCCUCAGAUGUGACCAUGGUGGAAGUGAACUACCUUUUCCUGCACUCCGUGAGGGGAGGCCUCAAGAUUGCCCGCAUGCUUGUAGCUUUUAUGGCAAUCAUCUGUUUUGCAGUUAACAGAUCUCAUGAAGCAUUUUUAGCACUCGUGAUCAUUGAAUUUGUCAUUACUUUAUUAUUCUUUUUACUAUAUCUGCUGAAUCUGCAAAAAAAGCUGAAUUUCUUAUUUUGGCCCUUGGCUGAUGCUUUCAACUCCCUGGUGGGGGCGCUGUUUCUCUUCAUUGUGGGACUGUGUGCAACAGUAAUAAAAACCGUAGUUGAAACUUUGGUUGGAGGGGUGUUUUGUCUGAUCCUGUGUGCUCUCUGCAUAAUAGAUGCUGCUUUUCUUUUGAGGAAGAUUACAUUUAACCAAGGAGCACCAGCGGGGGAUGAUGAUAACAAUUAGAAUGAUCAAUGGCCAAAGUCUAAUUUAUAAACAUUUGGAAAGCCUGUUGAACAAUAGGCUGCUCAUGCCAAAUUUUAUUUAUAUUUUUCUAAAUCUGAAGAGCAUGUAACGAAAGUCAAAUUGAUUUCAAAGAGAGAUUUUAAAGUAGAAGAAGCUUAACUCUCCCAGGAAAGUGAGCAGGGUUCUGAAAAUGUUUUUGUGCUCUUAGAUUAGAAGAAACAUAUUUAUGAAUGUUAAUAUAUAGUAUUCUCAUGUACUACUUUUCUAAACUUGUUUACCUAUUCACCUGUAUGAGCCAUCUUGAAUUAAGAAUAAUCCUGUGAAUUUUAUGGAAUACCAAUUCUAACCAACAUUACAUUUCAAAUUAUUAUCAGAUGUAACUUUAUGAACUGGUUUGUGUUAAUGUUUUUAAUUAGAAAAAGCUUUACCUGUAAUAAUACUGAA